CAUUUGCAUGUAAAAACAUAAGUCACGGAAAACUCAAUUAUGUCAACAAAAAUAAGGAAUAUAGCAACAGUUCGGGAUUACAUUGAGUUGUGAGUUUAGGGCCAGCCGCGUGGAUAAAGCGAUGGGAAAGAGUCUGGAAUAUGGGGGAAUCUAUGGAAAAGCUGCAUAGUUGAAGGAGAAACGUUUAGACAAACUUUAGCCCUUUUUCUUCGUGCUUGGAUGCGAUUCGAGAGGACAACUUGUUGUAAGGUCAGAAUGCAGAAGAGUUAUCUUUCUUUCACUUUGUUUACUCCAUAAUUCACUCUCCUUUUAGUGUAAACACUUUGGCCUCUUUUCAGUGCAGUAGAGAGAAAAAGCCUUGCCAGCAAGUUUUGGUUAAAAGUAGCCUAUUGUGCUUGGUUGAAAAGGGGUGAAAGGCACUGCAGAAUAAAAAAGUGCCUUACCACUCUAUCAAUGAAUUAACAAAAGGAGAUAAACUAACAAAAGAAAGACGUGCACGAUGGCAGAAAAGGAGAAGGAGUAUCGCAGUGUCUCUUUCAAAAAGUCAGAAGGUUGUAGCGCGAGCAAAAGUCGCUGUGAAGAUCAACAAAACAAAUCGACGGAUUUGGAGGGCAGUAGCGGCGCCCUUCCCCCUCCAUCUACGGCAGCGGCGGAGAAAGCGCAGCCCUCGGCUCUGCGUAAUGUUAGUGUGUCAAGGAAAGUUUCCAAAAUCUCCGCUGCCAGCCACCCCACCGCAGAGCUAAAGAAAGGCUCUACCACUCCUCUCUCCUCCAUUUCUCCCUCUAUUCGCCAACUCACUGAGAAGUUCAGUAGCACUAAUUUGUCUCGAACGCAUGGAGCUCCGAGCCCUGGCAGUAACGUGGCCGGGAAAAGCACAACUUUACCACCGGUUAAAAGCAGCAGGGGAGAAGGGUCCCCGUCUCUGAAAUCAUUCCAUGAGGACCGUGGAUAUUUACAAGUUACUGACACGGUUUUAACAGAGUCUCAGACUGACACUAAAGUUCAGGAACAAAAGUUUUAUUCGGGCACAGACUCGGUCUCUGGAUCGGAUUCGGAGAGAAAUCAAAAAUGGAUUUAUACUCGCAAAUCUGCUCAAGGUAGCGUUGGAGCUGGUAAAAGAGAUUAUUCCCAAAUUGAUCCAUCUGUCUCUUAUAACAAUAACUGCAGUAAGACUUCGAAUGCUGCGGAUUACGUUUUUGUCAGUGGGGCACCUGCCUGCAAGUCACACAGGAGCUAUUUCCCAACUCACCAUGGAGAUCCUCUUAUUCACGUUGACCUAACCUACUGGCCCAGUGUCACCAAGAUCAGAGAGCUUUUCGAUGCAGAGGAUUUAAAAUCUGCUGACCACCUCCAGCACUCCGCCAGCUCUAAAGAGAACUCUUUAUCAGACAGAAGCGACAGGCAGUCUCCCAACAGCCCAGCCCCUGAAGCAACUAGCCUCUCACUGUCAGACAGACACCGCAGCAGGGCUGCCUUCCUGGGCAGAGAGAGGAGACACCAGGGCAUUGACUCAGCCUUUCACCCUGACCAGCAUUACUCAGACGAGGCAGAGAUUGAGUCAGCCAGCACUAGUAUUAGUAGAAGUGGUAGGUUUCUUAGGGUGGCCCAGCCAUCAAACACACACAGAGCCCACAGCCCCAGCAGUGGAGGAGAGGGGCCUGAGACCUGGACUUCUAGUCUGAACUCUGACUCUCCAGCCUCGGUCCUCGCCUCUGCCCCCGCUCCCCCACCUCAGAGCAACUCCGUGGGCCUCUCCUCCUCCCGUGUCCGCCCCUCUGAAGAGCAGAGGCAGAGCCAGGGUGCCGGGCAGCCCAGGGACAGUUUACAUUCCUCACAUAGCUUCUCCAGACCAGUGGCCCCCUCCUCUGAUAGAGCCUCAACCAGGGCAGCCAUCACAGCCCGCUGGAGGUUCAGCUCAGGAGACGAAGAAGAGUACCACAGAUCAGGAGGAAGGAGCGCUCCCUCGUUAGGUGUCAGCAGAGGUUACCUCUGCCGCGGUAAGAAUGGCUGGUGGGGUGGUAAGGUCCUCGGAAGGUCUUCAGGCAGUGAGGAGGACAGCCCUGCGUCACUAGGACCCAGCCGAGACACUGUGAGACGCCGCUCACUGAGGAAGAAGAAGAAGAAGAACAGCGAGGUUGCCGUAGCAACGGGGCGAGAUGAUGGCGAAUCAGACGACAGUGACGACGAGCAGACAGGUAUGAUGGAACACCUGGAGAGACACCAACAGAACACCGGCGCCACCGCAGAACAGUCUGGGAGGUCCCGGAACCGGCUUAGAGAACCCGAAGGCUCUAGAACCUGUGUAGCGCAGUGGGGGCGCAAUUCCACUCCUAACCAGAUGGGGGCGCAGGAGAGCUACAGACGCCAAUAUACCUCAGGUGAGGCGGGGACAUCUCACAUGACCACGCCCCUCCCAGGGGUUUCGCGGGUGUCAAAGGUCAACAUCUCGUCAUUUAUUUCGAGUCCCGGUGGCUCGCAGAGCAGCAGUAGAUACUGUAGCACAGAGACACUGAAAGAAGAGGACCAAGCUAGCUAUAUUAACAGACGGGCGAACUCUAACACUACUUCUACUACUACUACCACCAACACCCCAGGCAGUGUGGUUGGUGCAUCCUCCUCCAUGCUUAGUAAGACCUACCACGGUAACUUCACCAUGUACCGCUCCCCUAGCUUCGGACACGGGGAUAACUUUUCCCACGCCCCUGUUAGGGUCCGCCCCCGCAUUCUUUCCCCUGUCAAUCCCCCAGCUACAGGGGACACUGGAGGGGUUGCUAGGGAGGAGACUACAGUGUUCCGUCGGUUGCUAAGUGGUGGCGUAGUCGGUGAUAAGGACAGGAACAGGAUGUCAAUGUCAAACCCGGAUAUCGCCUCGGAAACAAUGUCUCUCCUCAGUUUCCUGAAAAGUGACCUAUCAGAUCUCAGAGUUCGGAAGACGGACAGGUCAGGGUCAGGGGUUACUGAGGGGUCAUCUACGGUGUACAGGAUGGGGUCAAGAGGCCUCUACCCAGGACUCCGCCCUUCAUUAAAGGACCUCACUGCAACUCUCCGGCGCGCCAAAUCCUUCACUUACUCCGAUAAACCAGUAGGGAGGCAACAUCCAGCCGGCUCCUCGGCCAAAAGAAGCACUUCUGAGCAACGUCUGGAUCAAGAAGAAGGGAGGGAUGGAGGGAGGGGGGCGGUGCCUGACAGAGAGGUGGAGAGUGAUAGAGAGGACUGCAGAGCAGGAGGGUAUGAGGAUGUGAUGCCCACUCUGCUGCAGGACAGGUAUGUCCAGGAGGCCAGACAGGUAAUCAGAGAUAUCUGCCAGAUGAGCGCUCGCGAGGAUGAGGAUGAUGAUGAUGAUGAUGUGCUAGCGACAGAUGGCACUGAAGAUGAGGGUUUCAAAAGAAAAGAAGUGGAGGAGCAGGAGAUAAAAGAGAGCGAGGGAGGUGAAUUGAAAAAUGAGGAGAGGAGAGCUAGAGAAGAGGUUGACAUUGGGGCAGCCUCCUCCGUUUCAGAGGAAAAAGAGAAGAGCGAGAGGGAAUGUGAAAACAGAGAAAGACAGAAGGGAGAUUCUGAGGAGAAUGUGUUUUGUGACCGAUCUGUUGAUGAGCUAUCGGGUCACGAGUCAAGCCUCACGGAUGAGGGCAUAGUCACAGAACCAGAGACUGGACUGGGUGACCCUGAGAGGUUAUUUGUGGGGUCAAGUUUAGGAUCAUCGUUGGCCAGAGAUGUGCUGGGUCAACCCCUGACCACCUGGAAGCAGUCUGCUCUGCAUGAGGAAGAAUGGCCAGGAUUAAACGAGGGAAUGAGAGAGGGAUCAGGGUUACAUGCAGGAGCGAGAGAGAAACGAGAGAACCCUGUCUCUGUUCCUGCCCUUGGGGUUGAGAGUGAGGGCGUUGCUGUAGUAACAGAGAUGAGCGGCAUCAACAACAACAGUAUUAGUGGGAGGGCCAAUGUAUCCCAGAGUGCCUCAGUCCCAGGACUUGAGGCUCCUCCCACUCCGAGCGCUAUCCGCCGCCGCCGUAAGUUCUCCUUAGCCGGGAAUACGGGCUCUGACUCCAGUAACGGCAGCAACGGGGAGUCCAACGGGAACGGGGAUCCUACUGUUUACCGUUCGCUAAGCGACCCCAUGCCUCACCGGCGCCGCUCUGUGUCAGAAGAAGGUAAUAACAGUUUCUCUGUGGAUAGUAACCUGCUGGGGUCGCUCUCUCUCUCCUACAAGGGGGCAGGAGGAGUCGGUGGAGGAAGUGUCCCAGAGUCUUCCUCUGCAGCUGAUCUAUCAGAGUGCAGCGCGGCCAGCGACCUAUCGGUGUGCAGUGACUGUGGUCUCCGUGACGACUACAGCAAUGUGAUCCGGAGCAUUGUUGCAGCGCCAGGAGCGAUGGACAGAUUGAUGACGGAUGACAAGAACAAUGGGAAAGCCACGAAGAAGAAGUCCUUCUCUGACCCCAGUCGCCGUGGUGAAGGCCCCCUGCUUGAUGAACCAGGGUUCAAAAGUAACCAUCACCCUAAAGAACCAAUUAGUGAGCUGGAUCAGCCUGGUCAGAUCCCCCCCUCCAGCAGCGAGCCAAUCCUGAGUGAACAGAGAGACGAGCUGUGUGAGCUCGGAGAUGAACGUGGACGCCCAUUACGUAGUCGGCAUGGCAACAAUGAAGGCGGGAAAUUCCGCUCCCAAUCAGAAAGGGAGCUGCACUCCUGUCUCCGUGGUGAUGACUGUUAUGUUCCCAAUGACACAGACGGAGGGGGAGGAGGGGAGAUAUUGGACUUUGACCCCAAACUAGCGGAGGUUCGAUCUCCUAGAAUGGGCCGGCGGACCUCCAGGAAACGCCCCAACUGGGUCACCCAAUCAGCAUCAGAAGAGCCGGACCACUCGGAACCAGGUCCAGAAGAUCAGGGUCCAGAGGAGGACCAGGAUCAAGACCAGAGUGCUCUCACCCCCCCAUUGCCCCUUGCCACCCCCAUACCCAAAACCAGGCCCAAGCACGUCCGACACGCCAGCGAACCUGCCACCUUCAUCCCCAUCUCCCCACAGCCCCAGCGAGCCCAGGGGGACCUGCCUGCCCUCCUACCCGCCUCUGAACCCUCCAUCCCAGGUAAGCCCACCGGUGAGGAGGCCCCCUCCCUGGAAGAUGUGACCAAGCGGUAUAUUCUGUCCCUGAAUGCUCCAGGGGGCGAGAGUGAGCCAUCUGGGUCUGGUUCUGAGUCUGGGUCUGGAGGAACGGUGCAUGUACCAGACGUGUCCAACUCAAGCCCUGCUACUCCCACUGGUGCCAGAGAACCCAGACUGCAGAGGAAGAGCAGCGAGGAGCUGACCACACCAGCCCCACCGAGAGCCAAACCCAGAGUGGAUAUGAGAAGACAUGUCAUGAUGACCCUCCUGGACACUGAGCAGUCUUACGUGGAGUCACUCCGGACACUCAUACAGGGCUAUAUGCGGCCUUUGAAGCAUUCAGACAGUGGAUCCCUAGUUGAUCCCUCAUUGGUGGAUGAGAUGUUCUAUCAGAUCCCAGAGAUCCUGGAGCACCAUGAGCACUUCCUGGAACAGGUCACCGGCUGCAUCAGCCAAUGGCACGACAGACAGACUGUGGGCCAGUUGCUUAUCCAAUCGUUCUCCAAAGAGAUUCUUGCUAAUAUUUAUUCAGCAUAUAUCGAUAACUUUCUGAACGCCAAAGACGCAGUGAGGAUUGCAAAGGAGGCCAAGCCGGCAUUCCUCAAGUUCCUGGAGACCAGUAUGCGUGAGAACAAGGAGAAGCAGGCCCUGGGUGAUCUUAUGAUCAAGCCUGUCCAGAGGAUCCCCCGUUAUGAGCUGCUGGUCAAGGAUUUGUUGAAGCACACUCCUGAGGAACAUCCAGACCACCCGUUGCUAUUGGACGCCCAGAGAGACAUCAAGCGAUUGGCUGAGAAGAUCAAUAAGGGGCGUCGCUCUGCGGAGGAGGUGGAGAGAGAGACACGCGUCAUGCAGGAGAUAGAGGCCCACAUCGAGGGAGUGGAACACGUCAGAGACAUCCUUAACCCAAUGAGGAAGUUCCUGAGACAGGAGAUGGUGAUGGAGGCGAAGACCGUGGGGGGUAAGAAGGACCGUUCUCUCUUCCUCUUCAGUGAUCUGCUCAUCUGCACCACACUGAAGAGGAAGUCUGGAUCCCUGAGACGCAGCUCCAUGAGCCUGUACUCUGCUGCCAGUGUGAUCGACACUUCCAGUAAAUAUAAGUUCCUGUGGAAACUUCCCCUAGAGGACGUGGAGAUGGUGAAAAGCCCCUCCCAGGCAACCAACAAAGAGACCAUCCACAAGAUGAUUGGUCGACUGGACGAGGACCUGAGUACACUGGGACAGAUCAGCAAACUAUCAGAGACUCUCAGCUUCCCUCACCAGUCUCUGGAUGAGGCGAUAAAGGACCUGAUGGCGUCGGUCCACAGGGAGCUAGCAGAGAAACAGUCUCUAGCCUUCAGUAUGACCUUCCUGCCCACUAAGCUGGAGCUGACCACCGCCUCGGCAGAAACCAGCUUCGUCUUCGAGUUCAGCUCCCCAGACACACGCAGCAACUUCCAACAGGCCUUCGAAGAUGCCAAGAAGAAACUGGCAAUGAAUAAGGACCAGUGGGACCCAGAGUUCCUGAAGGCUAUCCCCAUCAUGAAGACUCGUAGUGGGAUGCAGUUCUCCUGUGCCUCCCCCAGCCACAGUUGUCCAGAGAGCAGCAGUGAGGUGUGGGUGUGUAACAGUGAUGGCUACGUGGGCCAGGUGUGUCUGCUCAACAUCAGAGACCAGCCCACUGUAGAGGCCUGCAUCGCCGUCUGCUCCGCUAGGAUCAUCUGCAUCGCUGCUGUCCCUGGACUCAAGGGGAGGGAACGUGGAGUGGAGCCCUCCCCUGCCCUUCCCCCUGGAGCUGUUGACUCCACCCCAUCCCAGCAGCAGCAGCUACACAUCUCCAUCUCUCAUUCGUCGCUGGAGCUGACUGAGCCCCCUUCAGGGGCGGGGCCAGAGUUAGUUCCGUUUGACAGUGAUGACACGGACGAUGAAGAUUCUCCAAGCCCCUCCUCCACUCUGCAGAGCCAAGCCAGUCACUCUACUGUGUCAUCCAGCUAUGGCAAUGAGGAGGGGUCUGGUUCUAAGGACAUGGCUACAGAGAUCACCAGUAGUGAGGAGGAGCAGGAGUACCCAGUGGCCAGUCCUUAUGGUGCUCCAGGCAGGCGAGGGGGAGGUGGAAGAGGUCGACCCCACAGCGAGAGCCCCAUGGACGGGAGAGCCAUGCGCCGCUCCUCCCGGGGAUCCUUCACUAGAGCCAGUCUGGAGGAUCUGCUCAGUAUUGACCCAGAGGCCUACCAGAGCUCUGUGUGGCUGGGCACAGAGGACGGAUGUAUCCAUGUGUACCAGUCAUCAGACAACAUCCGCAACCGUAAGAACAGCAUGAAGAUGCAGCAUUCUGCCUCCAUCCUGUGUAUCCUGUACCUGGACAACAAGGUGUUUGUGUCCCUGGCCAACGGAGAGGUGAUCGUCUACCAGAGGGAGGUGGGGAGUUUCUGGGACGCCCAGUCAUCUCAGACGUUGAGUCUGGGCACGCCCAGUAGUCCUGUCACUAAGAUGGUCCCGAUCGGGGGGAAGCUGUGGUGUGGUUCACAGAACCGUGUUCUCAUCAUCAACACAACCACACUGGUGCAGGAGCACUGGUUCCAGGUGGGCACAGACAGCAGUAGGUGUGUUACCUGCAUGGUGAGCUACGGCCAGGGGGUGUGGCUGGCGCUCCAGGGUAGUGCCCAGAUCAGACUUUACCAUGCCCAGACCUGGGACAGCCUGACCGAGGUGGACGUGGCUCCUGCCGUGCACAAGAUGCUUGCAGGUUCGGAUGCGAUCAUCCGGCAACACAAGGCAGCGUGUCUGAGGAUCACAGCUCUGCUGGCCUGUAAGGACCUGCUGUGGAUCGGGACCAGUGCAGGGGUGGUCCUGACCCUGUCUAUCCCAGCCAUCAGCUCUGGGACUGUGUCAGGGACGCUGCGGUCACCCCUAACCCCCAUGGGCUCUGCUCACGGACACACUGGCCAUGUGAGGUUCCUCACCUCCAUAGAACUACCUGAAGGCUUCGACGUCAACUUCCCUCUGCCCGCCGAUACCACAGGCAACCCAGCCCAGAGUGGUGUUGAAGGGGGUAAUGGGGGUCUGCAGAGGCGGGACUCCGCUCGUCGUCGAGCCUCCGCCCUCCUUCCCGUCAAAACCAAUCAGCUGGUGAUCUCAGGUGGCGACGGCUAUGAGGACUUCCGGCUGACCAAUAGCAGUGAGACAGUUGGGCGGGAUGACAGUACCAACCACUUACUACUGUGGAGGGUCUGAGCCAAUCAGCCAGGCCCAUUUAUCAAAACCCACCCCCUCAGUACCAGCAACAUACUGCUCUGGAGGGUGUGAGGCCAAGCCCCCUGCCCCAGGUCUGAGCCAAUGAGAGUCCCCCGCCCCAUUUAAACCCCACCCUCAGCUAAAACCGCACACAAACCCUGCCCCUCCUCCUCAAACCCUGCCUCUCCUCCUCAAACCGUGCCCCUCCUCCUCAAACCCUGCCCCUCCUCCUC